AUGGCGGCUCAAAGAAGAAAUUUCAGGGAAAGAAGAGAUUAUUUCAAUGAAUAUUCAGACAUGGAGUUGGUUAAAAGGUUCAGACUUGAUUCUGCUGGAAUAAACUUUGUUGAAGGGUUAAUAGGAAAUGAAAUUAGAUCUGCAUCCAUUAGGAAUCAUGCACUCACAUCUACAGAAAAGGUUUUAUUAACCCUAAGAUUCCUAGCAACUGGCAAGAUGCAGCUUUGUAAUGGGGAUGAUAUGGGAGUUUCUCAAUCUUCUGUAUCGAGAGCCGUGUCUUGCACCAUAAGAAGUUUGUCAUCAGACCGAAUGGUGCGUAGAUUUAUUAAAUUUCCAACAUCACCCAAUGCAAUUCGACGAAAUCAGGAACAUUUUUUUCAGAUCGCAGGGUUCCCUGGGAUUGUUGGUGCCAUAGAUGGCACCCAUGUUCAAAUAAUUGCUCCAAGAAACAAUGAGAAUGAGUUUGUCAAUAGACAUCAUUACCAUAGUUUGAAUGUGCAAGUUGUCUUUGAUACCCAAUACAAACUAAUUGACAUUGUUGCAAAAUGGCCCGGUUCCACCCAUGAUGCGCGCAUAUUAAAUGAAAGUGGGCUUCGAGUCCUGUUCGAAAAUGGCCACAUUCCUGUUCACACACAUUUGUUGGGUGACAGUGGCUACCCAUCUCGUAGAUGGCUACUAACACCAUUUAGGAUUCCUCAGCCUGGGCCACAGACAAAUUACAACAAUGCACAUAAAAGGACUAGGAGCAUUGUUGAAAGGGGGAUAGGCCAGUUAAAAUGCCGCUUUCAUGUUCUGCAUGGAGAGAUACGAUUGUCGCCUCAGAAGGCAUGUCAGGUUGUGAUAGCAUGCGCGGUCCUCCAUAAUAUUUGUAAAGAUCGACAAAUUCCAAUUCCUGCUGAUGAUGAUGAUGAUGACAGCAAUGAUGAAGACGAUAGUGAUGAUUAUGCUCAGGAUCACAUGCAAGCAGGAAAUGAUGGUGCUGCUCGAGGCAACAACAUUAAUGGCACAUUGUACAGACAGCAGUUUGCUGAAACUCACUUUUGA